UCGAUGAUGUUCGUGCUACAUUUGAGCGUAUAGCCAAAUCAACACCAGAAGUGGUUUUCUUGGGUCUUGCUCAGAUAAAGAAACCAUGGAAUGCUUUACAUCAAGAAUUGGUUAAUCGGCAACUGAUGAUGUUUUUGUCGGGUCACUCGAGUGGUAUAUUCGUCUUGAAUCUUCUAUGGCAACUUAAUAGCGAGCUGUUUUCGGAAGGUUGCAUAGAAUUAUAUAACAAAGAUCCUGCCAAUGUUUCAAGGAUUUUAGACUUGGCACAAGAGCUAAAGGUUCUUAAUCCUUUACUCGAAAAACGGCCUUUUGCUUUUGCAAUUGACUUGGCAGCUCUUGCAUCUAGACGGCAGUAUCUUAACUUGGAGAAAUGGCUUACAGACAAUAUUGCUAACCACGGGACUACUUUUGUAUACGAGUGCUUGGACUUGCUCAAUCAUGAGAUUGUUACAAGGGCUAUCAGUGAUGCAUCAACCGCCAAUCAAUCACCUCGUCUGACUUAUGAUGUAGUCGUAAUAUUCUUGCGUGUGCUUCAAGGCAGUCAAUUAUCUGCAGAUAAAGCUGAAAUGUUGAGAGAAAUUCAUGAUGUAGCUGUGCGGCUGUAUCCACGUCUUCUCAGUCUUGGUUCUUCAGCAGCUGCUGUCGCUACUAACGGUGAAGCAACAUUCUCCGAAGAUGUUGAGGCUCAAGCUAAUUCUUACUAUGA